AUGCCCAACCCCUUCGAGCCCACCAAAUCCUCCCCUCUCGCAGCCACACCACUGGAACCUCACCCCGAAUUCCUCCCGCCCUCAUCUUUCAAUUCGAACGAAUGGCCAACGUGGUCAUCUAUCGAACCUUCGAUGCAAGCUCUCAUUGCGAAUGACACUCGCUAUCACAGCUCUGUCAAUACAACCCACACCACCAACACUCCCAAUCAACGCUCCACGGUCAUCGAACCCACCACCCCACUACGCAAGCGCCGCCCGUCCAAACCGGCUGAUGGGCAGCUGCAGAAUGACCAUGCGCAUUUGUUGUUGGGAGAGAGCCUAGGAGUGGGUGAGGUUGUGGAGGCGCUGAGGGGGAAGGUGGAGGUGGAGAGGGUUGUGGCGAUGUUGAUGGAGUGGAGGCGGGUGUGGCAGUCUGUGGGGAAGGGGAAGGGGGAGGGGGUGCAAGGGGGAGAUGGGCAGGAGAGGGGGAGUGGGAAGGGGAAUGAGGCAGCGGGUGUUACUCAGCUGAAGGAUGCUCAGAACUAUGUAUUGGAUGCGCCAAUAUGGAUCAAAUUGAAUACUAUCAUUGAGAGUGUGUCCAAGAAAGGUUUAUUGAAAAUACCAUUGCAACAAGACGCAUCAAGCGCCUAG